AAAUAUUUACCAGAAAACGAAUUAAGACCAAUUUCUUGGAUUUAUUUGGAUUAAUUGACAGUUUUUCUGUUGAAUAAUUGGCCAAAUUAAGUUUUGUGACAUGCCAAUCAGUGCAAUUCGUUAGAAAAUGAAAUCCAUCGUAUUCUUUUUCGCUUUCCUUCUAAACGCGACAAGGAGUUAUCAGGAAAUUGUGAAAAUGCCGGAGAAACAAGUGGCCCCUGUAAUUAGUAACCUAGAGGGUUUCGAGCAGAAUUUACCCGGUUACCUAAGUUCCGAAGUUCCGGUUGCCGUACUUUUGGAUUAUGAUGGCACUCUGGCUCCCAUUGCUGAUAAUCCCGCCAAAACCAAAAUGCCUGUGGAACUGGAAGCCAUUCUCCACAAGAUAGCCAAGCAUCCCAAAGUUUUCCUGGCUGUGAUCUCGGGUCGAGGUCUCAAAGAUGUCCAGAAACAGGUGAACAUCGAUGGCAUUACUUAUGCGGGAAAUCAUGGACUGGAAAUUGAGUACCCAGAUGGCUCCAGGCACGAUUACGAAUUGCCCACUGAGAUCCAGAAGAACUACACAGACAUGGUUAGGGAACUCAAGGAAAAGGUGGAAAAGAAUAAAGCAUGGGUGGAGGAUAAGAAGGUAUCACUCACCUACCACUACAGGGAUACUCCCGUUGAACUGAAAGAUCAACUAAAAAAGUUGGCCACUGAGAUCUGCCAAAAGUAUGGCUUCAGAGCGAAUCAGGCCCAUGAAGCCAUCGAAGCUAAGCCCCCAGUAAAUUGGAACAAAGGAGAGGCUGCCUUGUAUAUCCUUAAACAGAAAUUUGGUGGUAAUUGGGCUCAGAAGGUCAGUGUUGUUUUCGCUGGCGAUGACACCACCGAUGAAGAUGCCAUGAGGGUCCUCAGAGGCUUGGGUCGCUCCUUCAGAAUUUCACCAGAUGCUCAGAUCCAGACUUUUGCCGAUUUCCGAUUGCCCAAACAGGCUGUGAUGACCGAUCUUCUUAAAUGGAUAGCUAAUGUCUAUGUUUCAUAGAUAUAACAUUUUUUUAUAAACUAAAAAGGUUUCCGUAAAUUGCAAAAGAUUUGUAAAGUUUUUAAAAAUUAAACUGUUAUGAAAUUAGUUUGUGCAUAAGCAAUA